AUGAAUAAAAUACUUCCAAUCGUUAAUAUUGGUACUAAAUCAGGCAAAUUCAAAUAUAUUCUUGCUCAGCUUGGCCAAAAAUAUAUAGUUCGUGGUGAUCCAAAACUUGAUUUUCAUGAAAAAAUAUUCAAACAGCUUCAAGAUGAAGCUGGUGGACCAAAAAAUGAUUUGUAUAUCUUAGGUGGCGGAAAAAUGCAAGUUGAUUUCGAAAAGAAAAAAAUUAAUCUUUUUGAUCAAUCAGCAGUGUAUGGUCCUGCUGAUCAUAGAAAAUCCAAAACGAUUCUUCAAGAAGAAUAUCCUGAUUUUACCAUAGUUCUUGGUCCAGUUGAUCCAAAUGUGAAAAAAUAA